UCUAUUCACUCUGUUUAAUGUCAAAUGUCAAACGUCAAAAAGUUUGUUACAAACAAAAAAAGUUGAUUAUAACAAGUUUUUGGUCGAAAUCGUUCAAGAAAAAUGAGUAUAAUACGCGAAAAGCGCGAAAAUUUCACGAAUAAACCAUCGUCGUUCCAACAAAGCGAUUCGAAACCUUUAAUAACGCCCGAAUACGUUUUGCGUUUAACCUCAAUCGCCGAUAGUUAUUUGUGCUCGCCCGACGCUAACGUUUACGACAUCGAUUUUACUCGGUUUAAAAUACGCGACUUGGAAAGCGGGGCCGUUUUGUUUGAGAUUGCUAAACCGAUUAUAGAUAGUUUGGAGGAAAGCGUCGAUAAUCGAGGCGAAAAUGAAGAGCCCGUUGAUCCCAAUGCUGGGAGAUUUGUGAGGUACCAAUUCACCCCGCAAUUUUUGAAAUUAAAAACGGUCGGGGCUACGGUUGAAUUUACCGUUGGGAGCAAACCUGUCAAUAAGUUCCGAAUGAUUGAGAAGCAUUUCUUCAGAGAUAAACUUUUAAAAACGUUCGAUUUCGAAUUUGGAUUUUGUAUACCUCACUCAAGGAAUACUUGUGAACAUAUUUAUGAAUUUCCGACGUUACCCACCGAUUUAGUGAAUGAAAUGAUAGCGAAUCCUUUUGAAACGCGUUCGGAUUCAUUUUAUUUCGUGGAUGAUCACCUUAUUAUGCAUAACAAGGCUGAUUAUGCAUACAACGGAGGGCAAGCGUAAUCAAAAUUGGGUUAAAAAAGUAUAAAAAAAAAAGUUUUGUGUUCGUUUUUGUCUCCGAUCGUUUUAAAAAGCGAUCGACGCACUCGAAAAACACCAUCACCUUACACCCUUUAAGGUCUCGUCGAUGUAAAUGGAUGAAAAAAAACGUUUUUAGGCACCGUUCUUGCUGGAUAUAGUUAAAGAGAGCAAAUAAAAAAAAAAAAAAAGGUUAAAAAUGCAAAAACACGUAAGUUAAAGCAGCUUUGUCUCGAUUGUCUCUGUGUGUGAUAUUUUUUUUAUAAAACUAUUAUUAUAAAAACAUUCCGUUUUAGUAAUAAAAAACUGUUUAAAUCAAUUGAAA